CUUACGUCGAGGAGGUGUUUCUUGAUGCCCAUGUCUUUCUGAGGGAGCUCGCAGAGAGAAGCGAGUGGACGUUAAAGAACUGUUUCAGGUACGAGGUAGACCUGGGACUGGAUCAACGUGUUCAGAGGGAGUGAAUGAUCACAAUCACCCUUGUACACCACACGCCGCACAAUUUGGAUAGCCCAGGAGAGGAAUCAGAUGAAGUGAAUGUUGAACCUCGGUAACCAACUCAUGGGAGAUCUACUCUAACAUAACGAGCUCCACUUCAUGAUCGGAAUCAUUGGGGCACUUUGCAACUCUUCAAACACGCAGAGAAUUUUGUAACGUCACCCCUGCUCCCGUGCACCUCCCUGCUGUAUAUAUGCUGAUCCCAUCACUGCACAUCAUCCACUAGCUUGGAUGCUGUGGUUCUUCCUCUUCUCAUCUGCUGUCACACACAUCUGGGGAUUCACAUGUGACAAGAAAGGAUACUACUCCCACACUAGAAAUCUCUAUCAAACAUUUAUCAGGGGAACUGAGACAGCAGCUGCAAUAAGUGAGGUUUUAUUCAGAUGGGACAACUACAAGUUUAAAUCCCCACCUGAUCUGCUGCUCAAAGUCACCUCCAUUUCCCCGGUCAAUUUCCCAAGUUUCAGGAAACUCAUGUUGCUCCUGAAAUAUUUGGAUUGACUGUGAGAGACGUCAAUCAGAGAGUCCACCCACUCUGCCCAUUGUCUCCUCUUCCUCUUCCAGAGCUGGUUCACUUCCUAUAGGGACUGAAAACCAAGUGAGGAGAUGUAGGAUUGCAACGUACUACACCAGAGAAUACAGAGAGGAUAGAUUCUGACCAUCACCCAAGGAACAUCUGUGGGAAGACAUUCAGUCACUUCACAGUAUUGCUCAACACAGAGAAGGUUGGGCAAUGAAACCAUCAUUUGGAAAUUGGUCGGAUCAGGGGAGCUUUGACAUAUCAUCAGAUCUGAAACUGGUCAGUGGUGUGGAGCCUUCCAUCAGAACCAACCUUUCUGAAGGUUUGACUGUGGAUGAUCAGUCAGUGUGAGGCUGGGAAGAAGUGUGAGUGGCUCCAAGUGUGGUGAGAGCAUCAAUCGUUCAUUGAGCCUCAUGAACCACUGACUGAUUCCUACAGUGGAGAUGCUGUUCAAGUGUGAGGUGUGUGAGGACGGCUCCCCAGGCUUAGAAAAUUCCUUUGUCUACAAUGUGCACUGUUGACUCCAAUAGUAUAAAAGACAGCUACAUGGAAGAGAAACCCUUCAAGUGUGAUGUGUGUGAUCGGGCUUUCAGACAGUCAUCGGUAUUUGUAAACCACCGCCGCAUCCACACUGGGGAGAAGCCUUUCAAGUGUGAGGAAUGUAACAAAAGCUUUGCACGGUCAUCAGGCCUGGUUAAUCAUCAGCCUGUACACACUGGGAAGAAACCAUUCGCAUGCAAGGUGUGUAACAAAUCAUUCUCAUGGUCAUCAGACCUUCGCACACACCAGCGCACUCACACAGGGGAGAAACCCUUCACGUGCGAAGUGUGUGACAAAUCAUUCUCACAAUCCGGGAACCUCCGUACACAUCGACGCAUUCACACAGGGGAGAAACUGUUCAUCUGUGAGAUAUGUGAAAAAUCAUUCUCGCAGUUAGGGAACCUCCGUACACACCAACGCAUUCACACUGGGGAGAAACCAUUCACAUGUGAUGUGUGUGACAAAUCAUUUUCCUAUUCGUCGGCCCUCCAUGUUCACCAACGUAUUCACACAGGGGAGAAGCCAUAUAUCUGUGAUACGUGUGAUAAACCAUUCUCACAGUCAUCAAAGCUUCUUGCUCACCAACAAAUUCACACAGGGGAGAAACCAUUCAAGUGCGAAGUGUGUGACAAAUCAUUCUCAGAUUCAUCAACCCUACUACUCCAUCAAAUGAUUCACACAGGAGAGAAACCAUUCUCAUGUGAGGUGUGUGACAAAUCAUUCUCACAGCUAGGAAACCUCCGCAGACACCAACGUAUUCACACAGGGGAGAAAGCAUUUAUGUGUAAGGUGUGUGACAAAUCAUUUUCUGACUCAUCAACUCUCCUGCUCCAUCACAGCAUUCACACCGGGGAGAAACCAUUCACGUGCAAGGUGUGUGAUAAAUCAUUCUCACAGUUGGGAAACCUCCGUAGACACCAACGCACUCACACAGGGGAGAAAUCAUUCAUAUGUGAUGCACAUAUCAAAUCAUUCUCACAGUCAAUGCACCUUCACAGAUAUGAACACAUUCACACAGGGGAGAAACUAUUCAAAUGUGAGGUGUGUGCAAAAUCAUUCUCUGACUCAUCAAGCCUUCUGCUCCAUCAAAGAAUCCACACAGGGGAGAAACCAUUCACAUGUGAGGUGUGCAACAAAUCAUUCUCACAGUUGGGAAACCUCCGCAGACACCAACGUAUUCACACAGGAGAGAAACUGUUCACGUGUGAGCUAUGUGACAAAUCAUUCUCCGCCUCCUCAAGCCUCCUGCUCCAUCACAGCAUUCACAAUGGGGAGAAACCAUUCAGGUGCAAUAUAUGUAACAGAUCAUUCUCACAGCUGGGGAACCUCCACAGACAUCAACGCAUCCACACAUAAUGCGCGUGACAAAUCAUGUUCUUGAGUCAUCAAAGUUCUGUGCUCUUCAGCAGAUUCACAUGUAAAAAUCCUUCCACUAGUGAUAUGUGUGACUGAACAUUCCUGUGGUUACAGAACCUCCUACUUACUCAGGAUUUCCACGAGUAGAAUCCAUCAAGUGAAGUUUUGACAAAUUAUUCUCAGUGUCAUUCAAAACUACCAGCACGUUCAUAAAAGCGGGAAGCCAUUCACAAGUAAUGAGUGAAUUCUCAGAUUUAUUGUUCCUAUGCAGAUACCAAUGCGUUGACACGGUGUGAACAUGUGCAACAAAUCAUUCUCGUUGUCAGAUAUCUACAGUCACCAGUGCAUUCAUACAGAGGACAAAACAUUCCUGCGCAAUUUGUGCAAAAACGUCUUGUUCUAAUCAUGAAAUUUCCUCCUACAUCAGAGACAUUACUCAGGAGUUACCAUUCGAGUGUGAGGUUUAUGAUGCAUCCUUCACAAUGUCUUCUGGAACACCGCAGGGUUCACACACCAGAGUAACUUGUGACCAGACCAAGUGUAUCUCCCGGUCAGUCAGUGUACAGGGGAGAAUCCUUAUUUGUCGCAAGUUCUUCACAUAUUUGCUGGAAUUCCUGGAACAUCAGUGAACCCAAAUGGGAGUUACCUAGCCAAGUUCUUGCCCAAUCUGUCUUCAAGAGUAAGAACCUGUACACAAUCUGACAGUGCAGGAUGUUCAGCGGUUUUGGGACACAGAAUAAGAAGUAUCUUUCAUUCCCAUCAAACAACUAGUGACAACAACACCAGCAUUGUCCAGGUCACGAGGUGAUUUUUUUUUGCCUCCUUUGGAUUUUCAGAGGCUACUUUUUCAUUCUCAUUAACUCAUUUAUUGUGAUUGAGUUAAAUAGUUACCCUGUGUAUCUGUGUUGACAUAAAAAGUAUUUGGACUCAGAUGGAAGCAAAAUUAGACUAAUUCAUCAGUAUCCUCAAUAAUUUUCAACAUCUCUAAGCUUAAAGCUACAACACACAUGGAAAGCUGUAAUUUCAUCAAUGCUACUGUAUUUAAACUUGCACAAUAGGUAUACGCUUCCAAUAGUGUUUUUUUCUCAGAAUAAUUGGCAUAUACUGACAACAUCUUAAACAACAUUCUGCAGACAGUUCAUAUGUUUCCAUCACAUAUGCACAACAUGUGAAUACUUUAAUUGGGUAAUUAGUACCCUUUCUACUGCGAGAAAGUGAGGACUGCAGAUGCUGAAGAUCAGAGUUGAGAGUGUGGUGCUGGAAAAGCAUAGCAUGUCAAGCAGCAUCCGAGGAGCAGGAGAAUCGACCUUUUAAUCAGGAAUGAUGAAGGGCUUAUGCCCUUUUCACUGAAUCUCAGAUUUAAAUUUAAUAAAUGACAUUGUAUUCGUUGAACAAAUACAGUCUUAAAUUAGAGAUUCUACAUUCACUUACAUGUAAUUCAUUAUCUCAGUUAUUCCAACUUUUCCUGAUUCCACUUCGCAAAGUGUUAUUCUGUCUUUAGGUUUUGAAACUUCAUUUUGUUAUUAGUUUAGGGAAAAUGUGCAUUGCCAGGCAGGCCAGAAUUUAAUGUCCUUCCCUAUUUCCCUUGACAAUGCGAUGCGUAACCACCUUCUUGAGCUGUUGUAGUCUAAUUGUGUAGGGAGCCCACAGUUCUGCUUUCCCUUUGGAGUCUCAUUCUCCUUUCCCUGCUCUUGCAGCCCAUUCCUCCCUUACCUGCAGUUGCAUCUUCCCUACCCACUUUUCCCACUUAUGCAGCCUUCCUUUCUUUUCCCCACUCUUGUUGCCCCCCCCCACCCAAUAUUUGCAGCUCCCUCUCCCAUGCAGAAUCCUUCUCUCUUCCCAUCACAUGUCCUUAUGAGUGAACCUAUCAGAAGUAAGCACAGGAUAAUGUAAGCCUUUGAUUGGAGAAGCAGCCUGUCAAUUUUGCAUACAUGGGGCAAGAGUGGUUGCUCCAAUGAGGAAAUUUUCCCAGGUGAUCUGAUGACUUUUGGGGCAGAGCCCCAGCAUGGCCCCUGUGUAUUUUGAACAUUUGUGUGUUAGUGAGGUGAGCCAGCUCUCAGGAGUGGGUAUGGGUUAGAAUCAGAUCCUGCUUCAGUUGGUGAUGUGAAUUACAGAUAGAUCCUCUUCAGGUGACAGAUGUUUGACGAAUACCAUGGGGAAUGUUUGUACUGUCCUAUCUGGGAGGACAGCUAUCCUGUGUAUGGGGAGGGAGUGGGGGUGGGUCUCUACAGAUUUGAGCUCCCUUGAUCCAUCAUACCCUUUUGUAAUAAUGGAGUGUUAUGUUCACCUUAUACUCAAAGAUUCAUUUUCUGUUCUGGGAAAGGGUUGAGUUAUUUU